GGAGUGGGGUGAACAGCUACUUUUACACUCAGAAAAUCUUUUUAUUUCACUUCGCUAGGAAAUAAACUACAAACAAGAGAAGACAUUUCAGCUUUAAAUCAUUUAAACAAUACUUAAUUAACCAGUAUGGAAUUUGUUGUCAGUUCCCGGGUGCCUUUUCCCUGUCUCCUCUUCAUCUUUCUUCACGUCUCAUCAGCUACAGAUGCAAACAGCUCGAUCAAAGGUCCAAGUGGUCGGAGCAUGCCACUGUUUAAUGGUUCAUUAUUAGAAGAACACAAGGAGCAGAUUCAGAGCAGCAGUGUUGAAUUAGUGGUUCCUCUACUCUGCCUCUUCUCCUUUUCUGUCGGGCUUCCCACCAACUCAUUUGCCCUCUGGGUGUUGCUCUUUCGCACCAAGAAGCUGCCGUCCACCAUUCUGCUGAUCAACCUCACCAUCUGCGAUAUAAUGCUUCUGCUGGUGCUCCCCUUCCGGAUCGUCUACCAUUUUUUGGGCAAUAAUUGGACAUUCGGAGAGCCAUUUUGCCGUGUUGUUGUUGGACUUUUCUAUGGAAACAUGUACGGCUCAGUGGUUUGUCUGGCACUGAUUGCCCUAGAUCGCUAUAUAGCUCUGGUUCACCCUUUUGGUGCCAAAGUGCUCCGAAGUAAAAAGAACUCUGUCUAUAUAAGUGUGUUGGUUUGGAUAGUAGUUUUAGCAGCUGCUGUGCCCUUAUUAGCCUCAAAACAGUCUCAUGAGAUAAAUAACCUAUCAAUAACAACCUGUCAUGAUGCACUGCCUGUUGAAGAGCAGGAAAAUUACUUUCUGCCAUAUUUUACCACUCUUUUCUCCCUUUGUUUUUUGCUUCCACUAUUGGUGGUGCUGUUCUGCUAUUCUGCAGUGUUACGGACACUUAUGGCUGAAGGGCAGCGUUUUGCCCAUGCGGUCAGAGUCACUGUGCUGAUGUUGAUUGUUUUUGUGGUUUUCUUGUUGCCUAGCAAUAUUCUCAUGUUGUGGCAUUAUUCUAAAUCAAGUUCAGUCAACAAUCUUUAUAUGCCGUACCUGAUCGCUUUGUCUCUCAGCACAUUCAACAGCUGCAUCGAUCCUUUUAUUUUUUAUUACGUGUCCAAGGAUUUCCGAAAGAGGUCAUGGGAGGCUCUCAGGUGUUUGAAGUCUGAUUCAGAGACCUCUUCAGAUUCUAGGACAAAGGUCACCUUACUUUCAAAGAUAAGCAAGACCGAAGGACCUUUAAAUGGGGAAACAACUAAGUUGUGAUGCUAGGAUGACCAUUUUGAAAGUCAGAAGUUAUCAAGUUAAUUUUUGAAUUUUAGGGUUAUUGAAGGACUGAAGGCCCACUCAUACCAAAGAUGAUAAUUGAAAAGGAUACACCACAAGUACAGUGCUCAGCAUAAUUGAGUAAACCCCAUUUUGAAAAUGUAUAUUUUUAUCCAUUUCUCAGUGAAAAUAGGCAAUGUAUUUUGGUGCAUUUAAAUAAAACAGAUUUAUUUAUCAAAACAAUAUUUAGUCACCAAACUUAUUUAGAAUUUGAAAGAUAAUACAAUUAAAUUCAAGCAAAAUAUAUAAAUAAAAUUACAACCUACAAAAUUGCAACUAAAUGUAAUUUUUUUUUUGUUUCUCUAGAUUUUCCUCUUUUUUUUUUCAAUUUGUGUUUAAUAUUUUUCUAUGGGGCAGCACGGUGGCGCAGAGGGUAGCACAUUCGCCUCACAGCAAGGAGGUGGUAUAGGUGAACUAGGCUAAAUUGUCCGUAGUGUAUGUGUGUGAAUGAGUGUGUAUGGAUGUUUUCCAGUAAUGGGUUGCAGCCGGAAGGGCAUCCACUGCAUAAAAGUUGGCGUUCAUUUUGUUCUGGUGACCCCUGAAUAAUAAAAGGAAUAAGCUGAAAAGAAAAUGAAUUAAUGAAUGAAUAUUUUUCUAUAACAUAAAUUUGGGUGUGCUAGUUUUUGGACCAUUAUCGUAAGUUAUUUUGGUAGAUAAGCUCCAGAUUUGGCUUCAGUACUGACUAAUCUAAUGUAUAUGCACAAAUAUAAUAUUGUAUAGCUUCCUAUUAAAAAUUAGAAUUUAAAAGAGAGAUUUGUGAGGAGUGUACUUAUGUAUGCUGAGCACUGUAUUAUAAGACGUAUGAAUUCAUAGGAAUUAGCCACUAAGUCAAAAAGUUAUGAAUUGUCGUGAGAUUGUGUUGGUACUUACACAGUGGAAAAUGUUUGCUGGAAUCACAGUUUUUUCAGCUGAUGAAUACUAAAACAUUGUCAAUCAUUGACUACAUUUACUUGGACAUCAGUAAUCAAAUUAGUUGCCUUAAUCUGAAUAAGACAAUAAUACGAUUAAGGUGUUUACAUGAGUUGUUUUUUUUAAUGUUCCUUUCAUGAUCCUGUUUUACAUGUUAUAGUGCGGAGACGCAAUGGAGUUAAUCGAAUUAUCUACAUUUCCUCUGGAGUUUCAUGUAAUUUUGGGUGCUUCAUUUUUAAUUUCAUUUUCAUUAAUGUAAUUUGCCUUUUUUGGCACUUUCACAUUAAUUUAGGAACUUUUAAUGCAUGCCCCCCGUGACAAAAAGAUUGGAUGAGAGUGUGAACUGCUGGAAGAGUGUUGUUUUAAUGAAAUUUGAUACUGCACACUGAAUGGGAAAAACAAAAACUCUGCAUUUCACGAUGCAGGUGUCUGUGGUCCUUCACUGACUUGGUUGGUGCAGAGAAUAGUGUCAAACAACGUGUUUACAUGUCUGUACUGCACUUCAAGAAUGUGGCUAAAAUCGACAUACUCCACAUGUCUUAAUUCGAUUUCUGUUUAGUUCGAUUAUGACCUUAAUCUGAUUAAAUUAAUCAAAAAAAUCCCUGUUUACAUGGUAGACUCUUAAUCAGAGUAUUGUCUUAUUCAUAUUAAAAUUGGAAUAUUGGUGUCCAUGUAAACGUACUCACUGUUUAAUGUAAUCUUGCAUAAAAAGCUCCAGGAUUGAAAGUGGCAGACUCCAAUUCAUUUAUAUAAUAUACAAUAUUGUGCAAAGGUGUGGAUACUAUAUUGUAAUUCUUACAGAUCUAAAAUACUAGGUUGUAUAUAGGCAAACCCAAUCCUUGGGUUAAAUAUUUAAUAAAAAAUACUAAUAAAAUGUUAGAUUUUUCAAUAUUUCACCCAACAAUGUCUUAAUACAUCCCAGCAUUUUUUAAGUGUAGUCUUUAUAGUUAUCUGUAUUGUGUGAAUGGGCCUUAAAUAGAGCGUAUCCAUGCACAGUAUAUAACUUUAGUUUCAUUUGCACAGGAAAAUCUGGCUAGGGGGAGAUUAUAAUUCUAUUUCCUCCUCCUUUCCUUUAGUCAUUAGCUAUAGGAGACAAUAGAUCCAUUUUAAAAGAAGGGCAUUCAACAGCCAUGCUUUCAUUUCACUUCUCUUAUUAUUAGCAUUAGUUCCCCAAGACUCAGCCACCUCUAUGGCCUAUAUUGACUGCUGGAUAAAGUAUGUUGGAAAGCUCUAAUACAAACACAGUUUUAAUAGAGUUAUUCAAUGAAACUCAAACAAACUGCGGCCAGAUUUACUAAACAGAUUAAAUUAGCUUCAGACUACAAACAAAAUUAAAGGGCAGGAAAGUUAUACCGCUAAUACAGAAAUGAAAGAGCACAGACUUUCUACCCUAAUGACCAAUGGAAUUUAGCAAGAGCAGCAAAAAUGUUAAAUAACACUGCUUGGUUAGCGAAUUGUUUGUAUAAUGUUUUCUUCUGGCUUUCCAAUAUACUGUAAAUGAACAAGAGUGGAAAAAAUUUGCUCACUUUAACUAUUUGUUGCUGCACGUCCAGCUCAAGAUAUGUUAAAACAUGCUUAUUUGUGGGCGUAAAUACCAGAUUACCAAAAACAUUUGUAGAUCAUGAUCUGUGGUUCAAUGAAAUCAUCAUCUUCCCAUGAACUCAGCAUAUGAAAGUCUUUAAAAAUUCUACAUAUACAUGCCUUUUGAUCAGUGAUUUUCAAUUGUGUUGUUUUAAUAAGGCUGACAGUAUUUUUUUUUAAUCCAAAAAGGAUUUAUGUUGUAGCAAGCUAUUGUAAAUUUGUCACUUGGUAUUUUAGUAGCAUGUGUGAACUAGCCUUUAGAAAGAGGAACCAAAUGUAGUUUAAAAUACUUCAGAAUUAUUCAUAUCGGAAAUUCCCUCAUCAUAUUUGAUUGUAUUUCUUAGCCUAUUUUAGUAAUGAAGGAUUUGUUCAGUUUGAAUCUUAACUAUAUGAAAUGAUAUGUAUUUGAACUUUGAAUUACAAACUGAAUGCAUUUCAGUGGAAAACUCAAACAGUGGAAGGUAAAACUGAAGGGAAUGCACGGCAUAAUGAACAGUGCAAUUGCUAUGUACAAGCCAUUGAAUAUGUAUUGUUUUGUGAGACAGAAGCUAUUUUUUUCGGGUGUGAGAAUAUCUGAAAUGAGCAGGAAGUUCUAAACCACGUGUUAUGUCCGCAACUACUUACUUCUCCUAUGUUUUUUUUUUUUGUGUGUGUGGUUUUAUUAGAACUAUGGAUGACAAGAAAUAUGUAUAUGUAUAUAUAGUAAAAUGUUUGUGAAUUGUUGCUUUAAAGAUAUUCCUCAUUACUUUCACCUUUACAUUAUAUUAAAUGCACCUUAUAUUAAA